AUGGACCCUCUCAGCGUUACAGCAAACGUGAUCACGGUAUUGCAGGUCGCCAACUCCGUUAUAACAAUAUGCUACGAAGUCCGUUCAGCGCUCAAGCAGAGUCCUUGGUCCCUCACCAGAACCAUCGACGAGAUAAGAGACCUUCGAAAUGUGUUGGAGAGCUUAGAACAGGUCUGCCGCGCGCUCGACACAUCAAAAGAGUCCGACACAGCACGUUUCCGCACAUUCCAACUACUAUGCGAGUCCGAGACCAGCCCGUUAAGUCGCUGCCUGCAGGAGCUAUUGGAUCUAGAGAAGAAGAUCAACUCCGGCAAGCAGACUCCUGGAAGGUCAACUCUGUUGGCGAAAGCGCGAGUGUUCGCCCAGGUUAUGGGCUGGCAGCUGAAAGAAGGUGACGCGAAAAUGAUCGAUCCCGAGCUCUUACACAUUGGCUGGCUCCAGGGACGCCUUGGGAGAGCCAUGAAGCAGCCGCUUCCGCAAGGAAAUCUGGAACAGGCGGCUGGUUCAUCGAGUCGAAGGUGUUUCAAGCCUGGGCUGUCUCUGGCAACGCUGGACUAUGGCUGA